AUGGAUCACUUGCUUUGCGUACGAGCCAUCCUCCCAUCCCCGGCCUCCUGUAAAAUGCUGCCACUCGCUUCUCAACUCGUUUCUGGUUCUACUCAGAGUGUUAAUCAGAAGAGGGGCUGCUGUGAAGUCCAACACUCGAUGGCCAGUAAUAAUCAGCUUGUCAGGCUGUCACAUUAUUAUGAUUCUGGCGAUUUGACCACCCUCUGGUCGGGCGGGUUUCAAAUUGAUCUACCCGAACAGCAGUCCUUCUUUCUUAUGAUCAGACUGCCUGGAACUUCUCUUACUCCGCUUCCUCUCUCCUCCAACUCUGGACGACUAUCUGCCUCUACCGAAUUAUUUAACUCUAUGCCAGAUCGUCUUUUCUUAUUCGUCAGCAUCUGCCUUCAGGGUGCUACUUUCUAUGUGAUCAUUCAGGUAUUAUACAUGCAGCCCCAAAAUUCUAAUUACUUAACAUAUUACAGCCUGGAUGAUUUACAAUAUCUCUUACUUAUGCAUUUGUCUCCUUCGUUAGACAUUGUGCCAGCUACCUACCUGUUUAUCUACCAGGGUAUAUAA